AUGAAGAAGACCGCCGCGGUCCCGAGGAGCGGCCUCCAGCACCUAUUGAAUGGGGGCGACGAGCCGACGAGGUCAAGCCGGCCAGAGCUCGCAGCGUCAUGGCCGAGGGCUGCCAGAUCUGCUGGCCAACAAGACGGAGAUGGGAGUCAAAAGGACAUUUUCGCGUCAGGAGGAAAAGCUAAGGGGCUGGGUGACGUUACUGGACUAGGGAGAGAGACGAGGGUGGAACUGCGCGCCGGAUCGACGGGCGACGGCGGGAUUGGCGCGUGGUGGCGGACUGGCGGGGAUGGGGGAAAGAGAAGGAGUGGCCUGGGAGGUUUCAUCAGAGGGAAAAUGGGGUGA